AUGACGCUGCAGUACGACCCGGAGUACCAGGCCGUCGUCGCCGCCAACGACCGCGGCCCCGCGCCCGCGCCGUUCAAGGACGCGUUCGACAUCCGCAACUUCACCAACCCCAUGUUGCACGCCGUUCUCCGCGCUCAGCCGACGCCCGAGGACGUCCUUGAGACCAGGGUCUCCUUCGCGUCCCACGACGGCGAGGAGGUCGGGCUCUACCGUUUCGCGACCAAGGACAUGGUGGAGGCGUCCAAGCCUCAGGCCGCCGUGGUCUACGUCCACGGCGGUGGCUUUGUCGCGGGCGACGUCGACAUCUUUGCGCCGCAGAUCAAGCGAUUCGUCGAGGCGUCGGGGCUGCCCUUCUUCGCGGUGGACUACCGCCUCGCGCCCGAGUUCCCCGGCGGCGUCGGCGCCGAGGACGUAUAUCACGGGCUCAGGUACCUCUCGGAGCACGCGGCGGCCUUCAACGUGGACAAGGCCAAGAUCGUCAUGAUGGGGGACUCUGCGGGCGGCGGCAUCGCGGCGGGCGCGACGCUGAUAGCACGGGACAGGGGGCUGGCGCCUCCGCUGAGGCGGCAGGUGCUGGUGUAUCCCAUGCUCGACGACCGGACGGCACUGGCCGAGGACAGCGCCGUGUUCCCGCUGCUGACGUGGAAGACGCGCGACAGCCUGCUCGCGUGGCGGGCCGUGCUGGGGGACAAGGCCGGGGACCCGGCGGCGGAGGGGGUCUCGCUGUACGCGGCGCCCGGGCGGGCCCGGGUCGAGGACCUGAGGGGUCUGCCGAGGACGUACGUGGACGUCGGCAGCCUGGACCUGUUCCGGGACGAGUGCGUCGAGUUCGUCGGGAAGCUGGCGAGGGCGGACGUCGAGGUCGAGUUCCACCUGUGGCCGGGGCUGCCGCACGGGUUCGAGAGCGCACCGGGGAUCGGGUGGGUCCGGAAGGCGCUGGAGGCGAGGAACUCGGCGUUGAGGAGGGAGUGA